CAUACCCACGCGAUGCGUCCUAAACCCAUCCCUCCUCGAUGCCGGCACCAACGGCUGGAGUCGCUGGAACUUGGAAUUCACGCUGGCAAAAGGACUUGAAGCAGUGGCAAGUGGGCAGGCCAGAUGCGGUGUCCGCCCAAAAGGUUAUUCGCGCUUGUCAGCGAGCAGAUCAGUGGCAGUAUGCACUGGCCGUCUUUUUUGACCUGCCAACGCGGCGCCUUGUGGCUGACAGGAAGACAUUGGAAUUGACGAUCGACGCUUGUGUGAAACCUGGAUUGUGGAGUGUUGCAAUUGAACUCAUGGAAAGGAUGCAAGACGAAUCAGUCACACCAGACCUUUCUGUCAGCCACGCAGUGUUGAGAGUUUGCAAGAAAAGUGGUCGCUGGCAGCAUGCUGUGCACCUGCUCUUCCACACGCCGGUGACUCCAGAUGCUGGCAGUUUCAGUUCCGCCAUCAGUGCCUGCGAGAAGGGCAGCGCCUGGGAGCACGUUACAGCCGUGCUGUUUGCCAUGCCUCUGGAGGUGCUUCCGCCGGGUACUGCAUGCGGCGCAGCUGUAAGUGCCUGCAAGAGAGGUGGACAUUGGCACCAAGCUAUUGCUCUUCUGGAUGCGUUGCUCAAAAUGAAGGCAACGCCAGACGAGAUCAGCUACAAUGCAGCCAUUGUAGCAUGUGGAAAAAAAAGCUGGGAAGCAUCACUUCAGGUUUUCGAAAGGAUGCGCGUGCUGCACAUCCGCCCAGAUAUUAUCAGUUAUGGCUCUAUUACGCAUGCUUGCGGGGCAAGCGGGCAGUGGGAACGAGCGCUUUUCUUUUUUCAGGAUUUGCGCCUCGCACAGCUCCAAGCCAACGAAAUUCUCUACAGCUCCUUGAUCAAGGCGUGUGAUAUUGGUGGUGAAUGGCAAGUUGCACUGGAGUUGCUGCGUCAGAUGCAUAUGGACAGUGUCAGGGCUGAUGUGGUGGUGUAUGGGACUGCCAUAAGUGCCUGCGAGCAAGAUGGCUACUGGAUGGAAGCCCUGCAUUUGAUGAACAGCAUGGUGGAGUCCACCAUUGAGAUGAAUUUGGUGUGUUGCAAUGCGGCAGUUAGUGCUUGUGACAAAGGCGGUCAGUGGCAGCGUGCGUUGCUCCUCUUGAACUCUGCCAGUCAGCUGUCGCUUCAAGGCGACACGAUCACCUACAGUGCAGCAAUCAGCGCAUGCCAAGAGUGCUACAAGUGGGAAGAAUCUUUGGAAUUGCUUAGGAUCAUGAUGGGUGAGAAGGUUGAAGCCAAUGAGAUCACCUACACCACAGCUAUCAGCGCAUUGGAGAAAGCUGGCUAUUGGACGUCUGCUUUGACCAUGAUUGCAAGGAUGUCUGAAGUUGCCUUGGAGCCAACAAUUGCAUCCUAUGGGGCCGCCAUGAGUGCCUGUGAUGCAGCUGCUGCAUGGACCUUUGCUAUGAAUCUGCUGGAUGAAAUGCUGCGAAAGCGCCUGGUGCCCACUGGCCUCAUCGCGGGUUCGGCCCUGGGAGCCUUGCGCGACAAGAGGAGGGCCCAGGAGCUGUUGAGCGAGCUCCUCCCAUAUUGGUUUCGGCUGGAUCACUCCCAGCCAGUAGCUCAAGGCCUUGAGCAGAUCGCCUCAGUUUGCACAGUCUUGGCGUCGGCUCCUGGGAUCCUGGCAGUCAUGAAACCUGCGGGGCUGAGGACUGAGGAGUUGGUGGCUUCGCUGGAAAGAGUCGGGUUCCAGUGGCCUUUGUACUUGGUCUCCCGACUGGACCAGCCGACGUCUGGCGUUUUGCCUCUAGCCCUGGGUGGCGAUGGCUCAACGGCGGUGAACUGGCUCCAGGCUCAAUUUGCUGGCAGACUUGUGGAGAAGGAGUACAUUUGCUUGGUUGAAGGCAGAGUUGGAGAGCUUGGAUUCUCUGGGAAGAUCUCAACGCCUUUGUUGACGAUCAGAAAUGGGGAUCAAAUGCGUACUGAAGUGUCGGAGAUGGGUCGUGAUGCACGCACUGAAUACGAGGUACGGGCAUUGUAUAUCGCUGCGAACCUUUCACUUGAGCUGAGCCUUCUAUCCGUUCAGCCCCACACAGGGCGAACGCAUCAAAUUCGAGUUCACAUGGCAAGCAUAGAACAUCCCAUCGUGGGGGACUUGACCUACGGAUCAAAGCGUGAUCCCCAACAGUUUCCCUACGCUGAUCGGCUAUUUCUGCACUGCUCACGGGUGCGGAUGAAGGAUUUCACGUUUGCGACCUUCGAGGCUCGUGCACCGCUGCCCUCCAAGCUCUCACAGGUGCUGGAGGCACUGGAGCCACUGGAGCCUUGGCUUCGAGAAUGGACCACGGUGAUUCUGGGUGCUACUGUCACAUUUCUCUUCUCGUACUUCUUCUAUGGCUGGGCUGCUUUGCAAGCCCUCUUCGAACUGGAUGGAGUAUAUCGGGAAGUGUGUCCAGCAGAAGAGCCCCUGUGCUCAGAUCGUGGGAGUCGCAUGAUCUUCCUGUACAGCGUGGACAAUACCGUGACGAUUCUCUCGGGUACAAUCUUUGGCAUCUUAGUGGAUCGCACCGGUCCAGUAGUUCUAUGCAUCCUGGGGGCCGUGCUGCAAUCUCUGUCCUUGCUGCUGAUGGGUUGGACAGAUGGAAAUCCAUCAAAUGUGAUGGACCCGCUUCUGCUGGCCUUUGUCAUCGGUGGGGUUGGUGGCACAGCCCUGAUGAUCCAGUCACUAAAGCUGGCCUUCAUUGUUGCACCCGCACGUUUCGCCUUGGUGAUGACUGUGGCCAACUGCUUGGUAGACUCUUCAUCUGUGGUGCCUCUGGGACUGUAUCGAUUGUACGUGGCCGGAGUGUCGCGUGGGGCCAUUUUUACCGGUUAUGCUGCACUCUGCUUUGCUCUGAGUAUGUGUUUGGCAUACAGUUGGUGUGGAAAACCCAGCGCCAGAUUACAUGCCACUAACCAACAGGAAAGCGAUGCGGCAGAAUCCAAGCGAGAAAAUCUAUCAACAUCCCGGCCACGGCUGCAUGGGCUUUCAGUGCGGGAGCAAUUGUGCACCGUGGAGUUUGCCUUCGCGGUAACUUUCAUGAUGACCAUGGUGUUCCGAAGCAACGCAUAUCUUGGUGUGAUCAAAGAGCUGCUGCAAGACCUUGGGGAUGCAAAAGUGGAUAAUCUCUACACACAGGUACUCACACUUCUACUUCCAGCAUCAACACUGCUGAUUCCUCUUUUCGACAUUUGCAUGAAGAGAGGAGGUUUUGCAGUGACAUUUCUGGUGGUGUUGUUCUUGGGUUUGAUUUGGAAUGUGGUGAUGUUGAUUCCAAGCCUUGGGGUGCAAGUGGUCGGUUUUGCUGCUUUUACCAAUUUUCGCGGAUUGCUCUUCGCCUCUUUCUUCACAUUUAUUGGGCAUACUUUCGGCAACCGGACCUUUGGCCGAAUCAAUUCCAUUUUGUGGUUCCUGACCUUCCUGACAUCGCUCCUGAUGGUGCCUCUGACCGAGCUCUCAAAGGCCUGGACCGGGGAUAUGACUGCCAUGCAUGUCGUCCUGCUCAUUGUGUGCCUGCCAGCCGUCAUCAUGACGCUGCUGUUGGCACUGCAUCUUCGGAAAUACCCAGCGGGCGACAUCAUUCAGUCGCAACAGUCGCGGCCCGAAGAGGCCCAGAAAGCCAGGCCAGAAGUGUAG